AUGGCAGGCCUCAGCGAUGCGCCCUUCAUCGAGGCCCUCGCCGUGCCCGCCGUCUGCGCCCUGAUCGUCUUCCUCAGCUACUUCACCCAGUACAUCUUCCACUCCGACCCGGACCUGCUCCCCGGCCCGCCCUCGCGCACCGAAACCGUCGUCUUCAACGUCCUCCUCCUCUGCCUCUGGAUCAGCUACUUCCGCGCCGUCACCGUCGACCCGGGCCGCUACGUCUUCGACGACCAGGUCCUCGACGCCUCCGACAGCAGCCGCUGGUGCAAGAAGUGCCAGGCGCCGAAACCCCCUCGCGCGCAUCACUGCCGGCACUGCAGGCGCUGCAUCCCCAAGAUGGACCACCACUGCCCCUGGACGCACAACUGCGUCUCCAUGACCACCUUCCCGCACUUUUUGCGCUUCCUCGUCUACGCCAACCUCUCGCUCUGGACGCUCGGCUACCUCCUGUGGCAGCGCUUCCUCGCCCUCUGGGAAACGCGCCUCAUGCCCUCCCACCUCGGCCCUUCGCUCUUCGCCCUCGUCGGCCUCUCCGCCACGGCCCUCACCUGGUCCGUCACCAGCCUCCUCCUCGGCCUGAUGCUCUUCGGCACGCUCAAGGGCUGGGUGCUCAACCGCACGUCCAUCGAGGAGCUCGAGCACGACCGCCACGAGGCAAACUUCCGCAGCGGCGGCGGCGCCGCGCGCGACUGGUGGGAUCUCACGGGGCCCGACGGCGAGAGGCUGCAGUUUGAGCACGUCGAGUUCCCCUACGACGUGGGCUUCUUUGCCAACAUGGCGCAGGCCAUGGGCACGUCCAAUGUGCUCCUGUGGUUCUUCCCGCUGGCGGGGAACCCGCGCGUGAGCAAGACCCGCACCGGGCCGGGGUGGACCUGGGAGGAGAACGGCUUCAAUCGCAAGGAGGGCAUGUGGCCGCCCAUCAACCCGGAGAAGCUACGUCUCGCGAAACGCGAAAUGGGCGUUUCGCGGCGCAACUACGAGAUGGAGCUCGAGGACUACGGGCUGAGCACGGAGGAGCAGGUAGAGGCGUUCAGGAGGCGCCAGGAACAAGACUUUCGGCGGAGAAACAGGAAUUUGAUGGCCGAGCUGGAAGAGGUGGAUGCGUAUGAGCAGGUGAACCGCGGCAGUGAUGAUGAGGGCUCGCUGUUUGGCUGGACUCAUGCGGAUGGCGAUAGUCUGGCGGAUUAUGGAGUGGAUGAGGAUGCGGAGGAGGAGGAGGAAGAGGAUGAAGACGUUCCCCUUGCGGAACUGCUUCGGCGGAGGAACGGGACUGGCGUCUAUGUUGAUGAAUGA